AUGGAGAACAUCCUCUCUUUUCUAAAUAGAUCAUGGUCAGGCUUUGGAUCGGCAUUCUUGGAUACUGGCUGCAAUUACAUCUUUCUGAGUGGAGUGGGGUCUAUUCUUCUUUACCUAUGGUAUUUGAUAUUGAAACCAUUCUUCCCACUACCUUGGAAAAGUCAGGACAUCAAAAAGUGCCAGGGCAUAGCUAACAAAGGAAGGAGGAGGUCACUUAAAGGGUGUAGAACUACCCAGAGAAAAACACAGGAGCAGAGGAAACUGCUGUCUGUUGUGCAAAGCCCCCUAGGUGAGCUGUAUGAUUCCUCCAACUUUCCGCAACUACUAUUUCCAGAUCCCUUCUGUGGUGUGUGUAAUGGAGCAACUGCUAAGAUCAGUCGUCUGCUUUGUCAGGCCACCCUCCAAGAUGGUGCUGCCUCUAUAUCCAGUAUGGACUCCACAUUUUCUGCGACUGAGACAUCACUGACUUUAUCCCUUUCUCUCCCAGAAAAUGCUGUAGGAUAUUCAAUUUCAGACCCUACAUAUGAGCCUUCUCUGCAGUCUUCCUCCAUUAUUUUACCUCAUCAGAGUGUGCACCUGGAAGACAUACUUUCUGCCUCACCACUGGAUGACACUGUACUAUCAGAGUCUAUUCCUCCUGUGAAUGCCAAAUCCCUACUGGACCAUGAUUCUCUCCAUCCAUUUGCCUCUUUGCCUCUUCCACAAUAUGCCACUCAGGAAACAGAACUGCUUCUCCAACCAACAGCUAUUCUCUCUCUGGUAGGCAUUCCUGGGGAGCUUUUUACUGAUGUCCCAAUAAACAACAGCAUUUACAGUUCAAGUCAUGCAGUGUCAGAAUUUAUCCAGCAGCAGACUGAUACAGGCAACUCUUCCCAGUUGGAGCCAGCACACUCAGUUAACCAAGAGCUUCUUGAUCUCCAUUCUUCUGAAUCCUAUUUAUGGGGAAACACCACAACCUACCUCAAAUUGCCUGGAAACCUUCACUUUUCCAGUUUUGGUACUGUGGCACUACUUGAGACACAAGAUGGAAGGAAGGCUGAUUCACUUAAAACUUGGGGGAAAACCUCGGAGUUUGAUCAUCAGAACUUGGCAGUUUCCCAUCCUUUGGGGAGCAGCAAAGAGAGACUUCACAUACCCCAGCAGCUGUCUUAUUCCAAGACCUCUGAAGAUCAGCUAGAGGAUAAACACACCCAAUUCUUCUGUGGACUCCCUUCUCUACACAGUGAGUCCAUGAACUCUAUUGCUACUGUGUUGACUGAGAGUUCCCUGACCUCUAGAUGCUUCAACAGAUUCUCAGAUUCCCCAGUACUUACCCACCAUGCACCUCUGCCCUUGCCUGAAAGUCAGCUACAUAACUUGUCCCAAAGUCUGUCCCAAUCUCAGUCCCAACUUGUACCUCAAGUCAAUCCCCAGGUCCAGCUUCAACCCCCAAUUCUAGUGCUGUCACCGUCUCAUUCCCAACUCAGAAUCUGUGGGGUGUAUUUUCACAAUCCCCAGGAUGAGGCACAACUUCUUGAGCCAUCUGCAAUCCACUGUCUGGAAUACAACAUCUUGAAAAAGAAACAGGAAAGAGUAUGGGGUUUACUCACUGUAGUCAAAAAGUCCCAGCAAAAAUUUUGUCCCCCACCUCCCAAUCCCUCAUUGGUCAGUCAGCCCUCUAAGACCCAUGUUCCAAGGUCUAUCUCUUUUGAAAACUGUCUUAUCACCAGUGAGCUCCGGAAGAAAUUUGAGCACCACCUCCGAAAGAGGCUCAUCCUACAACGCUGGGGCCUGCCCAAGAGGAUCCGUGAGUCUUUGUUAUGGAAGAAUCCUCAGGCAGAACUUCCAGAGUCACCCUCAUCCAAAAGCAACUAUGGGCUUUCAUGGAUUCCUUUCUUUAAGCAACAGUGCAGGAAAGACCUACACAACAUUGUAUUGAGCCAACCUGGAAACUUCCCAGCAAAGCAAUUAGAGAAGAAACUGUUGAAAGCAAAGAGAUAUAGCCUAGAUACUGUUGAAAACCAGAAGACAUGGAGUAUCACUAAGGGCACUCUAGAUAAUAGCCUGCAGUCUGGCUGUGAGACAAACCUACAAUGCCACUCAGACAUUCUUUCAUGCAAACUCUCAGAGACCUCAGAGGUGAGCCAAUGUCAGAAAAAACUUGAAAUUUCUAUGAAAGAACAUUGGACCAUGCAUCUCAAUAAAACCAAUGAGAAUCAGAUAACUAGCACUAUGUCCAAAUCAAGGCAUGGCCCUUUCCCUUUUACCUCUUAUGUGAACAAGGAAGACCGCAAGGCCCAGAAGUCUUCUGAUAACAAGGAUGGGUAUAUAAAGACCAUAUCUACAGUGAAAAAGUCUGUCAUGCAACAGACAUCCUUUGACAACACCAGCCUGGAAGAGUAAAAGGGCAAUAGACAUAGCUCAGAUAUGCCCAGAAUGUUGGCUGAGGUCGACCCCGUGCCAUUGGGUAAGAGACUAAAUUCUGGCAAAACAGUCCAGUACCCUCAAGAAACAAAGAUGACUGGCAAAAAAGUAUUUGUAUCCAAUAAGGUUUGUAAGGGAGGGCAUCUCAGUAGUCUUCAACCAUGA